AUGACCGAGCGACGUUCGCGCGUCCGCUACGAUGAGGACACGCCGCCAGAUCCAGUGCAUGAAGAGCGUGCGUACUCGAGAUGGCAUAGGCGUGAUCGUGACUGGACGGAAGGCCGUGAUCGACGCGAUGGACGAGAAGCACGUUCGUGGCGCAGCGCGCCUCACGAACGACAAGAUAGCUGGCGCCGACGCCGCGAGCAAAGUCCGAUACGUUCGCACGAUGCACGUCCGAGACAGUCAAAGCAGCCUUUGUCACCUGUGCAGCACGAUACCCCGAGCAUUCAAGAUGCUGAUGCUGAUCAAAUGGCGGCUAUCAUGGGCUUUGGCAAUUUUGGAUCGAGCAAGGGAAAACCCGUGGAGAACAAUUCGGAGGGCUACGCACACAUUCGAAAGGAGCACAGCUGGCGGCAAUACAUGAAUCGAAAGGGCGGCUUCAACCGGCCUCUAGAUAAGGUCUAG